AUGGAGGAGCCAGCGAGGAGGAACUACAGCGAGAGGGGCAGUAAGGCCCAAAAAGUGAUAAGAAACUUUGGGGCUCAGUCACAAAAAGGCGAAAAGGGCAAGGGAACUUACCCUAAGUGUAGCAAGUGCAAUUAUCACCAUAGCGGGAGAUGCAUCGUCUGUUUCAGAUGCAACAAAGGAGGUCAUUUUGCUAAAGAUUGCAAGAUCGGAGGGAGUCGAACAUGCCAUGAGUGCGAAAGCCCGAAUCACUUCAGGAAUACAUGUCCGAAAUUGAACCGAGGGUCGGAUACUAACCCAUCACGACCAGUCAACCAAGGAAAUCAAGGAGAUAGGAGUUUUAUAUCCCUAGAAUUUAGACCAAAGAUUGGUUUAAAGUCGCAAAAGCUGAAAGAAUAUUUCGUUAUCGAGUUUGCUAAUGGUCAGGAAGUUAGGACUAAAGACGUAAUCACAAAUUGUACAUUACGUUUAGCUGAACAAAACUUUAGCAUAGACCUUAUUCCAAUUAGAUUAGGAAGCUUCGAUGUAGUUGUGGGUAUGGAUUGGCUAUCCAAAAAUCAAGCCGAGAUAUGUUGUUCUGAGAAGACCAUCCGCAUUAUGAAAGGAAGCGAAACGCUCGUGGUGCACGGAGAGAAGUCCCAGAGAAAUUUCAAGUUAGUAACGUGUAUGAAGAUGCAAAAAUAUUUGAAAAAGGAAUAUGUCGCGUUUAUGGCUCACAUUAUGGAUAAAGGAAUUAAAGAGAAACGCAUCCAGGAUUUUCCCAUAGUUCGGGAUUUUCCCGAGGUGUUUCCUGAUGAGCUACCAGGAUUACCCCCGUUACGGAAAGUCGAAUUUCACAUUGACUUAUUUCCUGGAGCAGCACCUGUAGCCAAAUCACCUUAUCUUAUGCCAUUUGGGUUAACUAACGCGCCAGCGGUUUUCAUGGAUUUAAUGAAUAGRGUAUGUARGCCAUAUUUGGAUAAGUUYGUGAUUGUAUUCAUAGAUGACAUCCUGAUCUAUUCGCAAAACAAGGAGGAGCAUGAGCAGCACUUAAAGUUGAUACUUGAACUAUUAAGGGAUCAGAAAUUAUAUGCCAAGUUCUCUAAAUGCGAAUUUUGGAUUCGUGAGGUGCACUUCCUUGGUCAUGUGGUAAAUGCGAAGGGAAUUCAUGUUGAUCCGGCCAAAGUUGAGGCUAUAAAGAGGUGGGAAGCUCCAAGGACCCCAACAGAAAUUCGCCAAUUUCUCGGUUUAGCGGGUUACUAUCGCCGUUUUAUUUCAAAUUUCUCCAAGAUCGCACAACCACUGACGGUAUUAACCCAGAAGGAUAAGGAGUUUAUGUGGGGAGAAAAGCAAGAAGAAGCAUUCCAAUUGCUCAAACAUAAGCUAUGUCAUGCACCGAUCUUAGCACUACCAGAAGGCACGGAGAAUUUUAUGGUAUAUUGCGAUGCAUCACAUCAAGGCUUGGGAUGUGUGCUGAUGCAAAAUGACAAGGUCAUUGCUUAUGCAUCAAGGCAACUCAAGGUUCAUGAAAAGAACUACACCACUCAUGACUAG